CACGAACUUUAGACAAUACCUACUAAUGGUGUUGCCGCUGUGACUUCAUCGUUGAUCGAUAGAUGUUUGUAUAUGCUAUCUAGUUCAAAGUCUACGGUCAUUACUCCUUCGGUGUCCAUUGCCUCACAGCCACUCAUCUUCACAAAGCGAUGUCGGAUGCGCAAUCAACCAUGAUGUUACGACCUCCUAUAAAGCGAACUAUGCGAACCCUUGAUCGCGCCUUUUUCAAGACCACUGUCCCUAUAUCAGCCGCCAGAGUACAUAAAAUCCAGGACAUAUCCGAAGUAAGGAGCAAAAUACUCAAGAGCAAGGACAAGUUCGUUUGGAAUCGCAUACCUUCGCUCAAACCCGACCCAGAUGAAAAACACGCAAAGGCUGGAGGGAAGUGCUUACUGUUAAAGCCUGAAGUUAAACACGAUGAUCGAUCGACAUGGAGCCCUACAAUUAAAGAUCUGGAGAAUGAGGGAACCAUCGCUGUCAUACCAUACACCCUUGACCUGGAUUAUGACUCGUGGACAUACGACGACAUUAUGCGAGCAAUACUCCCAGAAGAGGAUAUGCAUGGUGAUAUACCAACAGGAUUUUCAACAAUUGGACACGUUGCUCAUAUGAAUCUCCGCGAGCGCUAUCUUCCCUACAAACAUACAAUCGCUCAAAUCAUCAAGGACAAAUCAUCAAGUAUAAAAACAGUAAUAAAUAAGAUUGACCCUAUAGGUAACGAAGAGAAUGAGUUCCGCACUUUUCAAUAUGAAGUCCUUGUUGGUGAAGAUGACCUCGAUGUCGAAGCCCGUCAUCAAGAUUGCAUCUUCCGCUUCAACUUUGGCAAAGUCUACUGGAAUCCGCGCCUGCAUACAGAACACCAGCGUAUCAUCAAGCAGUUUCAACCUGGCCAAGCGAUUUGCGAUGUCAUGGCGGGUAUUGGUCCCUUCGCUAUCCCAGCUGCCAAAUGGGGCCGGCAUUUCGUGUUUGCGAAUGAUCUCAAUCCUGAGAGCUAUAGAUAUCUCAAAGAUGCGAUAGAAUUGAAUGGAGUAGAGCCGUUUGUGGAGCCGUUCAACGAGGAUGGACACGACUUUAUCCGAACGUCAGCGCAAGCACUCGCUUUGAAGCACAAGAGGGUCGUUAUAAAAGGCAAGAAACCUCGUCAUGCGCGGCAACCAGCCCCAGAAACGUACUUCGAUCGACCCGCCACCUUCGCUCACUACACUAUGAACCUGCCCGGAAAUGCGAUUGAUUUUAUUUCUGACUUUAUCGGCCUUUACAAUAAACCCUUUGCAUCUAAGCCGCAGGCUCACGACGACCGCGAUCUUCCACGGGACCCAAGGCAGCUAUUCGAGCCAUAUACUGCGGUGAAGUUGCCUAUGGUACACGUAUACUGUUUCUGCAGCGAAGACGACAACGAAGCCGCAAAGCGUAGCAUCUGCAAGCGAAUUAGCGAAAAGCUGGAGUAUGAAAUUACACCUGAUACUCCAGAGGUCCAUAUUGAAGAUGUGAGAAAGGUAUCGACGCAUAAGCGAUAUUUCUGCGCGAGCUUUAGACUCCCACAUGAGGUGGUGUUCCGAAACUUAGAAGUAUAGACAAAGGACGAUAACGACACACAUGUCACUAUAUACCCUGCCGCCUGGUCUUACACCACCUGUAUAUACAUGAAAGGGUAGCCCAAAGCACACUAUAUGAUACACUCUUCUCCAUUAUGAUUCAUCAAAAUGCACCCAUCUUCUUCAACAUAUUCGUCUCUUUGAUUGCAGCUCUCCUCUUAUCCCUCAUAGCUGCCGAUAGCC